AUGUCGUCCAAGGGCAAGAGCGGUGCCAGCUCUGCCAAGGGCAGGAAACCACGAGCCGGUGGUGGCGGCGGCGAGAGCAAAAGCGAAGACGUCCUCCAAGCUGUCGUACUCGCAGACUCAUUCCAAGACCGAUAUCGACCCUUUAGCAUCGAGAAACCAAGAUGUCUCCUUCCACUAGCGAACACUCCCUUGAUCGAGUAUACAUUCGAGUUCCUGGCCAUGAACGGCGUGAGCGAGGUCUAUAUCUACUGUGGCGCGCAUACAGAGCAGGUCGAAGACUACGUCAGCCGUUCGCGCUGGUCGACAGCGUCCCGAUCGUGUCCCUUUUCGGUGGUGCAAUUUGUGCGCGUGUCGGAUGCGCGCUCAAUCGGUGACGUCCUGCGCGACAUGGACAAGCGGUCGCUCGUCGAUGGAGACUUCCUCCUCGUCCACGGCGAUGUGGUGUCCAACUUGGUUCUCGACAAGGUUCUGGCUGCGCACAGGAAACGACGAGAGGAGAGCGCGGCGAACAUCAUGACCAUGGUCCUGCGGAGUGGUGGGCCCGGCAGCCACGGGACAAAAACGAAUGCGAUCACACCGGUAUUCACAAUCGACUCACGAAACAAGAGGUGUCUGCAUUACGAAGAGAUCACACCCCUCCAGAGCGACCACUACCUGACCCUCGACCCUGCCAUUACGGACGAGCUGUCCACGGACUUUGAGGUCAGGGCCGACUUGAUCGAUGCGCAAGUAGAUAUCUGCACACCCGACGUCCUCGCUCUAUGGUCGGAGAGCUUCGACUACGACUUACCAAGACGUAACUUCUUGCAUGGCGUGCUCAAAGACUGGGAACUCAACGGGAAGAUGAUCUACGCGGAGGUUCUGGAGGAGGGCUAUGCUGCCCGAGCAAGCAACCUCCAAAUGUACGACUCCGUGUCGAGUGACGUGAUUGAUGGGUGGACGGCACCAUUUGUGCCACAUAAGAACACCUCUUCUCAUGGCUCAUACACGCUUUACGAUGGCGCGCUGAGCAUGGAGGACGGUGCGUUCUCGGCGCCGGACGCCGUGGUGACUCGCUCCAUCGUGGCUAGGGGUACGACGAUUGGCAAAGGCUGCCGGAUCAACAAUUGCAUCAUCGGCAAAGACUGCCAGAUUGGAGAUAACGUAGUGCUGGAGGACUGCUAUCUCUGGAACGACGUGACGAUCGGGGCCAACUCGGUGGUCAAGCAGUCCAUUCUGGCCGAUACGUCCAUGGUGGGCAAGAACUGCUCGGUCACCGAGGGCUGCCUCUUCUCGUUUGGCGUUCAGAUCUCCGACGACAUCACACUCUCCAAGGGCACGGUACUCUCGACCAUCAAUGCGUCCAGCGAGCCCGUGGCAAAGGACACGCAACUCCUUGGCCCCAACGCCAACGCCGCGCGUUUCGUCGACGUGUGUUACGAGACCGAAGACGAAGACUACGAUGACGAGGAUCCGUCACGUCUCCAAAAGUCUCUUCUAUACAACAUUGCCGAUCUAAAUCUCUCACAAUCCUCCAUCUCCACGCUCUCGUCAGAGAUCGACGACGAUUCGGACUCGGACGCAGGAGGCUUCGCUGCCGACGCUGCCUCCUCGCGCUCGAGACUGUCCUCUUUCGCCUCCGACGACUCGAACCGCGGAGGUGCUUUCCACAGCGACGCGGUGCAUGGUAUUCUCGACGCUCUGCGAGGCGGAAGCGGAGACUUUGACGCGGCCAAACUGGAGUUCAUGGGCCUGCGUCUCGCCAACGACGCGUCGGACUUGAUGAUGCGCAAGGCCGUUGCCACUGCCUUUGCGCGCCGCGCUGCCGAACUGCUCACGCCGGAGUACGGCUCGCUCGAGCCGUCCAAGGCCGCCGAGAAAGCCCUCAAGACCCGCAAGGGCGCGACCAAGUUCAUCGAGGAGGUUGGCAUCGGUGGUGAAGAGGCAGAGCAGGUGGAAUACAUACUCUUCACGCAGCGCACGCUCUUCCAUGUUAAGGACCCUAGGGCGGGCACCAUCUUGGCGGCGCUGCUGCAGCAGCUGUAUGCAGAGGACGUCCUCGAGGAGGAAGGUAUCCUCGGCUGGUGGGCGGACGAGCGGGCAGAGGAGAGCGAAGGACUGAAAGGGUUGAAGGAGAAGUGUCGCGUGUUGGUGGAGUGGCUGGAGAAUGCAGAUGAGGAAGAGAGCAGCGAGGAGGAGGAAGAUUAA